GGCGUCAUAGUCACUAGGCCACACCCCCUGCAUUUGUACGGACGGUAUAGCGGAAGUUCCGUUCCGUCGUGAACUGGGGCAGCUAACGCACCUCUUAACAUUGUAUGUGUGGAAACAACAUGUCUGUGCCGUUGCUCGACGAAGCUGUGACGGUGUCCGGGACGGAGAAGGAGACUGCGGCGGUAAUCUUCCUUCAUGGAUUGGGAGAUACAGGGCAUGGGUGGGCAGACUCUAUGACGAGUAUCCGGCUGCCUUACGUCAAGUACAUCUGCCCCCACGCGUCUCAUAUCCCUGUCACUCUCAACAUGAAGAUGAUGAUGCCUGCAUGGUUUGACCUCAUGGGUCUCAACCCCGAGGCCACAGAGGACGAAUCUGGAAUCAAGAAGGCAGCAGAGGACAUCAAGACCAUAAUUGAACAUGAGAUCAAAAACGGGAUUCCCCCACACCGUAUCAUACUCGGUGGCUUCUCUCAGGGUGGGGCCUUGUCCUUGUAUACCGCCUUGACCUGCCAGCACCAGUUGGCUGGUGUUGUGGCCCUCAGUUGCUGGUUACCACUUCACAGGAGUUUCCCUGAGGCAUCUACUGGCCACAAGAACUUGCCGAUCCUGCAGUGCCACGGCGAAGCAGACGCCAUGAUCCCUUUGGAAUUUGGUGGUCUGACGGCUGUAAAACUUAGACACAUAGUCAAUCCUCAGAUGAUCACCUUCAAAACCUUCCCAAAGCUCCCUCACAGCUCCUCCCCUGAGGAGAUGGCGGCUGUAAAGGAAUUUAUUGAGAAGUAUUUGCCCCGGAUCUGACCUCACCUCAUCCCCACUGUGACCCCCCCCGAGACACUGACCUCUCAUCCCUGAUCUGCCAUUCUCCCACAGGAAACAGCCAUGAGCACCCCCUUUUCACACACAUUUAUGACAUAACAACCACGUAUGAACACCCACAACGACGAUAAUAAUUGGAUCCACGCUGCUAAACAGUCAUCAUACACUUCAAACCAACAACAGAAGAAAUUUGUCAAACUAAAGUGAUUUGAUAAAAACAUGACCAAGUACUCACACAUACAAGUCUUAGCCUUCAGAGGGAGAAACACUGACCGACGCCCUACAUUCCCUUAGAUUUUAUUUAAAUGCUGUGUCUGUCACCGCCUCCAAGCCUCAGUUUUUCCUCAUUUACUUCACCUUUCCCUUUAGUUGUCACAUCCUCCACUGCAUCUCUUCUUCUUUCCUAUGCAUUGCAAUUUGUAAGACCAACAAUACGAGUCAGUCUGUUGAAUCACAACUGAGUUCAGACUGUCUCUGACCAAACUAACUCUGUUGUGCUCGAGCCUGAGUGAGCCCUAAUUUCCCAUCAGCCAACAUUCCACGCUGUGACAAUACACUUCAGCCUUGUUAAGGUGGCCCCUUUUAUGAAUUUACAUCGAUUGGAGCCCCUCACAUUUCCCUUUUUUAACCAUGUGAUAAACCUUAUUGCAUUAUAUAAGGAAAUUCCAAUUGAAAUAAAGGACAUCUAAUUAAUCCAUGCUUUUGCCACCUUGUGCUGUUCUUUUCAAACUACCUACCACACCCGCAUGUUAAUUGAAGUGUUGGGCAGAUGUUACUUAUUAAGAUUACUUUUUCAGUAAAUAUUUGUAUGAAUUAUAAUGUAUACCUCUGUUAAUGUUCUCCACUGAUUCAUGCAGGAAUCAGUAGUUCGUUCAGAUUUGUGCAGCUCCAGUUUGAUGACUGUGUAGUGGCUAUUUAAAGUUGAGCUGCCAAUGAUGAGUUAAUUUUCUUAUAGGUUGGGAAUCAUUGUAAAACACAUUUUAACACUUUGAUUUCUACAUCUCUUGGUACAAAUUGAGAUAAUGUUUUUUAUGUUUUCAUUUUUAUGCAUAUUGAUUACUUUCUUGCUUCAGAAACUCAUCAUUAAGUAACUUGCCCAACACUGAUUGUCUUUCUGCCUGGAUUACUGUCGCUAGACAUCAUGUUAGGGGUACCUCAGUUGAUUUCAUUUGAAUAAUUUUGGAUGAAUGAACGACAGAUCAUGUAGUAGACAGAACUGCAUGAAGUAUCACUUCAGAUAGUUGCAGACUGCACUUGAGUCUUGUCACUGUUCCUCCCACGAACUUUCCCUCUUUUAACCUUCCAACUUAUAUCUUCUCCCUAUUGACUUCAACUCUGGAAAAAAACCUUGCAUCUUUCCAUAUCUUCCAAAACAGUCAAACAGUCUAAUGACCUUUUAGUGACACCAAAAGAAAACAUCCACUUCCCUUUAGCUCCCUUUUUUGGCAACUUACUGUAACCUCCAAAUAUAACAUGAAAGGUCAGAUUUAAAGUUAAACCCAACACUAGUAUUAAUCACCUCUAAAAAAAAAAUGGCUAUACACUGGGAGAGCUUUGGUGAGAAGCUGUUCCAAUGUGCCUGAAGGGUAAUUUUACAAACUAAAAAGUUAAUCUUGAACAACCUGUAAUCCUUGGACAUAAGAGUAACUCUGAGGAGUUGUGUGUGUGCUUAAAAACAUAUAUCAGGUGUUAUGCAUUUUCCUUUGUGAAUGUUAAGUUUUCUUUCCUCAUGAUUGCCUGUUCUUUAUUGCCGUUCUUGAAACUGAUUUAAAAAAAAAAAAAAAA